AUGGCAACACCGGCCGCGGUCAAUCCUUCAGAGAUGGCCAGUGAGCUGCCUGGUGCCGUGUCCAUGCCCGGUGCAGUGGGGGCCAGUCAGGUGCGGAUGGGAGGAACUGUCCCGGGACGAGGGGGAAAGAGGCGUUCGGCUGGAAUGGACUUCGACGACGAGGACGGAGAAGGACCAAGCAAGUUUUCCAGGUAUGACGAUGAUCAGGGCUGUGGUGGGGAUAAGGAGAGAGAGAACCAUAGUGAGAUUGAGCGCCGCCGCAGGAACAAAAUGACUCAGUACAUCACAGAGCUGUCCGACAUGGUUCCCACCUGCAGCGCUCUGGCCCGAAAGCCCGACAAGCUGACCAUCCUGCGCAUGGCCGUGUCCCACAUGAAGUCCAUGAGGGGGACCGGCAACACCUCCACAGACGGGGCCUACAAGCCCUCCUUUCUCACGGAGCAGGAGCUCAAACACCUGAUCCUGGAGGCGGCGGACGGCUUCCUGUUUGUGGUGGCGGCGGAGACGGGCAGAGUGAUCUACGUGUCGGACUCGGUGACGCCCGUCCUCAACCACCCGCAGGCCGAGUGGUUCGGCAGCACCCUGUACGAGCAGGUGCACCCCGACGACGUGGACAAACUGAGGGAGCAGCUCAGCACCUCCGAGAACUCCAUGACAGGCCGGAUCCUGGACCUGAAGACCGGCACCGUGAAGAAGGAGGGCCAGCAGUCGUCCAUGAGGAUGUGCAUGGGCUCUCGUCGUUCCUUCAUCUGCCGCAUGAGGUGUGGCAGUGCUCCUCUGGAUCACAUCUCUCUGAAUCGCCUCUCCAACAUGAGGAAACGAUACAGGAACGGACUGGGACCGUCCAAGGAGGGAGAGGCGCAGUACUCUGUGAUCCACUGCACGGGAUACAUCAAAGCCUGGCCCCCAGCAGGUAUGACGAUCCCAGACGAGGACACGGAGGCGGGACAAGGCGGGAAGUAUUGUCUGGUGGCCAUCGGGCGCAUGCAGGUGACCAGCUCUCCCGUCUCCAUGGACAUGAACGGCCUGUCUGUGCCCACCGAGUUCUUAUCCCGACACAACUCAGACGGAGUCAUCACGUUUGUGGACCCUCGCUGCAUCAACGUCAUCGGCUACCAGCCCCAGGACUUACUGGGCAAAGACAUCCUGGACUUCUGUCACCCAGAGGACCAGAGCCACCUACGGGAGAGCUUCCAGCAGGUGGUGAAGCUGAAGGGCCAGGUUCUGUCCGUCAUGUAUCGCUUCAGGAUGAAAAGCAGAGAGUGGAUGUUGAUUCGCACUAGCAGCUUCACCUUCCAGAACCCCUACUCUGACGAGAUCGAAUACAUCAUCUGCACCAACACCAACGUCAAACAGCUCCAGCAGCAGCAGCAGGCAGAGCUGGAGGUGCACCAGAGAGACGGACUCAGUGCCUACGACCUCUCCCAGGUUCCAGUGGCCAGCGUCAGCAGCGGCGUGCACGAGACCGGGAAGACCAUGGACAAGUCUGAAGGACUGUUUCCCCAGGACCGGGACCCUCGCUUCGCAGAGAUGUACUCCGCCAUCUCCAACUCCGGGGAAAAGAAGAUGCUGGUGCCGUCGUCCACAGCAGGAGGUCAGCUCUACUCCCAGAGCUCCUUCACUCAGGGACACUCAGGGAAGAGCUUCAGCUCCUCAGUGAUCCACGUCCCAGGAGUGAACGACAUCCAGCCGUCUGGAUCGGCCAAUCAGAAUCUGGCUCAGAUCUCCCGACAGCUGAACCCGGGACAGGUGGGCUGGUCUGGGACACGCCCCCCUUUCUCCGGACAGUCCAGUAAAGCUCAGUCCAGUCCGUUCGGGAUCAGCUCUGGGCACAGUUACCAGACGGACCCUGCCUCCUACAGCCCCCUGUCCUCCCCCGCCACCUCCUCUCCCAGCGGCAACGCCUACACCGGCCUCACCAACCGCACCACGGCCUUCGACGUGUCCGGAGAAGGCAGCCAAGGCAGUGCACAGUUCCAGGGGCGUCCCAGCGAGGUGUGGUCCCAGUGGCAGAACCAGCACCACAACCAGCAGACGGGAGAGACGCAUUCACACUCCACCCCCAACCAGAGCGAAGUCUUCCAGGACAUGUUGCCGAUGGCAGGAGACCCAACCCAGGGAACAGCCAACUACAAUAUUGAGGACUUCGCAGACCUGGGCAUGUUCCCACCGUUUUCUGAGUAG